GGGGUGGGGCGGGGCGCUGUCCGUGGUGCUGACGGGAGGACAGCGUGGACGCAGAGUAGCGCCUCGCAUGGCGUCUCAGGACGCAGCUGCAAGCCAGGGGGUGCACCCUGCGCCCCUGCUCGUUCUCCAGGAGAUCCUUGGUAAUGCAGACUCUCGAGCUCCACGUUGGACCUGGGGAGCCAGAAUCUGCAUUUUAACAGGACCUCCGGGUUGAAUUCUGUCCACUGUCCAGCCAGCUGCCCAGAUGGGCGUUGUCCAGACUUGCAAAGAAUGGCUCUGAGGAGCCCGAGGACCCGUAUCAGGAACAGGGAAGAACCAGGGUUGGAGAUGUCUUGUAACUACUCUCCUUCAUUCACAGACUGACUUCGCAAAGACAGGACCAACCGAGGAAAAGGUUUCUGGGCUUGUCACGCCUUCCCAGGGGCAAAAAUUCGUAACCUAAGCAGUGCUUUAAGGAGACAGCAAACCAAAGCCCAGCCGGGGUCGACAGUCACUCUUAAAGUGGGCCUCUAGUGUCGCUGGGGUGUUGCAGCUUCUGGGGGUCAGAGAUAAACCACAGAUCACCACUUUGAUCCCCCGCCCCCCCCCCCCCAGACCCGUUUGUGGGCCCAGGGGUUGUUGAGGCUGUUACCAGGAACUUCAGAGAGGCUGAGCUACUCCCGUCAGCCCACACCUGGGGUGUAAACAGGUCCCCACAUCAAGGCUGGGGAGGCGCUUGCCUUCAGGAGUCUGGGGCUGGGAGGGGGGAAAGAGUAGAGCUUGCUAAAGGCGGAGUUGCAGCAUUCGGGGUGCAGGGAGGCACCUGUGCCUUCCGGGGACAGGAUCCAGAUCACGGAGGGAAGCCACCACGGGCUUUGGACAGCCCUUUCGGUCACCCACCAGCUGCACCGUUGAUGCCAGGCCCCCCGCCCCGCCUCCCCCCUGCCCCCCCCCCCCCGACUCCUCCCUGGCGAUGUGGAGAGGAAGUCUGCAGGGAAACCACAGGGCCUCACCUGCCAGGGCUGCCGGGAAAGGAAGACACACAGAACUGCAGGAGAAGGCUGCAGAGCUGCUCGGGGUGCAGCGGACCCUGCUUGUGCCCACCAACACCAUGGCCAACCUCAUCUCUGUGAUGGGUCACUGCCGGCGCCGGGGUUCCCAGGUCCUCCUUGGGCAGGAAUGCCACCUCCACGUCUAUGAGCAGGGCGGGGUGGCUCAGAUCGCCGGGGUGCACUCCCAGCCCCUCCCAGACAUGCCCCAUGGCACCUUGGACCUGGAUGAGCUGGAGCGAGCACUCACUCGGGGCUUCGGGAGCUCCUACCAUCCAGUGUGCGAGCUCGUGUGCCUGGAGAAUACACACAGCAGCGCGGGGGGCCGGGUCCUCCCCAUCGACUACCUCCGCCAGGUGCGCCUCCUGGCCCACACCCAUGGAGCCCGGGUCCACCUGGAUGGCGCCCGGCUGAUGAAUGCAGCUGUGGCCCUGCGCGUGCCCCCUGCCCGUCUCGUGGAGCACUGCGACUCUGUGUCCUUCUGUCUCUCUAAGGGCCUCGGCGCGCCGGUGGGAGCUCUGGUUGGGGGAUCCAGGGACUUCAUCGAGGAAGCCUGGCGCCUCCGCAAAGCCCUGGGUGGAGGCAUGCGCCAGGCCGGAGUGCUGGCGGCGGCUGCCCUGGUGGGACUGGCCGAGGCAGAGGAGGUGUUGCCAAAGGACCACGAGAACGCCCAGAGGACUCCAGGACCUGGCAUCACCCGUUUGCUCUGUGGACCCUGCCACCGUGGAGACCAACAUAGUGCUGGUGCGGGUGUCUGGGCUGCCUCCCGCAGAGCUGUGCCGGCGCCUGCAGGCUGUGAGCGCCGACGAGGUGGCUCAGACUGGCUGUGCCGUGAGCGUGUUGCUGUUUCCCUGGACGGCGCACUCCGUGCGGGUUGUGUGGCACCGAGACGUAUCCGCUCAGGACACAGAACUGGCCCUGAGGAAGUGGGAGUUUGUGCUGAGGCAGUUGCAGCCCUGAGGCGCCGGGACCCGGGGGUCCGGCGCCCUGGCUAGGAUUGAAGCGGGGAAUAAGGGUGCCCCAAGCCAUUAGCCCAGUGAAGGCCGGUCCUUGUGGGGGAUAAGGACGCCACUCAGCCUCUGCUCCGGUGACGGCCUCAUUCAGUCAGGGGUAACCCGGCACGGGCCAGGAUAAAAGGUGGCUGAAUGUCAAGAGAAGGAAACAGGCCGGGCGGUGGUGGUGCACGCUUUUAAUCCCAGCACUCGGGAGGCAGAGGCAGGCGGAUCUCUGUGAGUUCGAGGCUGAGCUGGACCGAUAGCCUCCAAAACAAUACAGAGGAACCCUGUC